AUGACUACCACUAUCGCUUCAGGGCUGGAAAAGGCCCAGCAAGCAAUUCACUCUGCAUCCUCUGGGAGCAAAAAGACGGUGGACCUUUCCCGUGACACUGUCGACGCUCACACCAGCAUGCCACAGACGACCGACCAUGGUAUUCGCAUUCAGAAUCCCGACAACUGGCUCAAGGUUGCAUCUGACCGCAAGACUGGUCCAUCUUUGCUAGAGGACCACAUCGCAAGGGAGAAGAUUCACCGUUUCGAUCAUGAGCGGAUCCCUGAGCGCGUCGUCCAUGCGCGUGGGACAGGUGCAUUUGGCAAUUUCACACUCUAUGAAAGUGCCGAGGAUGUGAGCCAUGCUGGCAUUCUUACUGACACGUCCCGUAAUACCCCGGUAUUCGUUCGCUUUUCAACAGUACAGGGUAGCAGAGGUAGCGCGGACACCGUGAGAGACGUGAGAGGCUUCGCCGUCAAGUUCUACACUGAUGAGGGGAACUGGGACAUUGUUGGAAACAAUAUGCCUGUCUUUUUCAUCCAAGAUUCGAUCAAGUUCCCGGACUUUGUGCAUGCUGUCAAACCUGAGCCACACAACGAAGUCCCGCAGGCUCAAACUGCGCACAACAACUUCUGGGACUUUGUCUAUCUUCACCCUGAGGCAACCCAUAUGUUUAUGUGGGCCAUGUCCGAUCGAGCGAUCCCUCGCUCAUACCGCAUGAUGCAAGGCUUUGGCGUCAAUACCUAUACCUUGAUCAACAAAGAGGGUAAACGACAUUUCGUCAAGUUCCACUUUAUACCUAAGCUCGGCGUUCACUCCCUUGUAUGGGAUGAAGCUCUCAAGCUUGCAGGCCAAGAUCCCGACUUCCAUCGCAAGGACCUAAUGGAAGCGAUUGAUAAUGGCGCGUACCCUCAGUGGGACUUCGCUAUUCAAACAAUCCCUGAGGAAAAGGAACAUGAUUUCGACUUCGAUAUCCUUGAUGCGACCAAGGUUUGGCCGGAGGAGCUCGUCCCUCUUCGCCGUAUUGGAAAACUCGAGCUCAAUAGGAAUGUGGACGAGUUUUUCCCGCAAACCGAGCAGGUUGCAUUCUGUACUAGUCAUAUUAUCCCUGGUGUUGAUUUCUCGGACGAUCCACUCCUCCAAGGCCGAAAUUUCUCCUACUUCGACACUCAGAUCAGUCGGCUAGGCAUCAAUUGGGAAGAGCUACCAAUUAACCGACCUGUCUGCCCGAUGAUGAACUUCAAUCGCGAUGGCGCAAUGCGCCACCGAAUCAGCAAGGGUAAGGUCAACUACUGGCCGAAUAGGUUCGAGGCACUACCACCAGCCAAAGCGGAAGAUGGUGGAUUUGUCUCGUACCCUGAGAAAGUUUCCGGUAUCAAAAACCGCGCGCUCAGUGAGAAGUUCCGUGACCAUCACACCCAAGCACAGACGUUCUACAACUCAAUGUCUGAGCAUGAAAAGUCGCACAUGAUGAAGGCAUUCACAUUUGAACUCGACCAUUGCGAUGACCCUAUUGUAUACGAGCGUCUCGCGGGGACUCGGCUUGCCGAGAUCGACUUGCAACUUGCUCAGCGAGUCGCCGAGCUAGUCGGAGCCCCUAUUCCUGACAAGCAACUCAAGCCAAACCAUGGCCGCCGCGCAAAGGGUCUAUCGCAGACCGAGUUUCCGCCCGAAAAGCCUACUAUUGAGAGUCGUCGUAUUGCUAUUCUCAUCGGCGACGGAUACGACCAAGUUGCCUUUACAGGUAUGAAGGUCGCCAUCAAGGCCGCAGGAGCACUACCCUUCGUGAUCGGCACCAAACGAUCUCCGAUAUACGCCCAGGGAGAAUCUCCGGAGACCUCGGAUGGUGUGGUUGCAGAUCACAUGUAUGAUGGACAGCGCUCAACUAUGUUUGACGCUACCUUCGUGCCGGGUGGUUCCCAUAUUACUACCUUGUCAAAGAAUGGCCAAUUGCGGUUCUGGAUUGUGGAGAGCUUCGGGCAUCUAAAAGCUAUUGGAGCUACUGGCGAAGCUUGCGAUUUCAUUAAGCAAGUGCUAGGUAAAGCGUUGGAUGUCAGGCUUGCAUCGCCUACCUCAGCAGAGACCGUGGAAUGGUACGGAGUUGUUACUGCUGCCACGCCGAAGCCAGAGAGCUUCAAGGAGGGGUUCGAAGUUGCUAAGGCGGCGAAGGACUUUGUAGGCCAAUUCUUCUAUCAGGUUUCUCAGCACCGGAACUACCAGCGUGAACUGGACGGUCUCAGCUCGGCAUUGGACUGGUAA